GACACGCAUUGAUGAGAUCAGAGGUCAACGAUAUAAACAUCUGUCACUAACCUAGUAUUGGAUAAGCAUCAGAACAAAGUGGAAUAAAGCUGCUGCACCGGAACUCCAAGAUAUCACCGAGUGUUUUACACUUCACCUGAGAGAAAAAAAACAGAAGAUGAUUUUUUCCGACCUGGAGACGUUAGCAGCGGCGUUGGCAUCUGCAGCUAUGGAGGACAGAAACCUUGACUCCAUCCUCACACAGGCAAUCAACUCGACAUCAUCAUCAGGACGAGAUGGAGAACUUCGUCCUCCAGCAGCUGUUGAUGCUGUUGAUAGACAGACACCCAGCUAGGAGAUGAUUCCACCUAGUGAAGGACCUAGCUCUUCUGGAGGAGGUGCAGCAUGCGAAUCUCCAAGAGCUGAUCUUCCUGAUGUAGUACCAUCAUCAUCAACCCCUCAAGCUGCAGAACCUCCUCAGGAGAUGCCCCCACCUAGUGCAGGACCCAGGACAUCCACAAAAAGUACCCAAACAGCCCCAGUUUUCAUACCAAGUCGUCUUCCCCCCAAAAACAAAUGGUGGGAACCAUCGGAGAAGACGAAGGAGGUUCUCAACUCCAAGCAAUUCAAAAUCGGGACAUCAGUUGCUGCUGGAACACUUGGAGUCGUUGGAGCAAUAGCAGCUGCUCCAUUCGUAGUGGCAGGGUUGGGCUUCGCUUCUGCGGGGAUAGCUGCUGGAUCAGCAGCUGCCUCGAUGAUGAGCGCACUGGGGGGUGGGGCAACUGCUGCUGGCUCGGCUGUGGCUAUUCUCCAGAGCGUUGGAGCCACUGGCACUGUGCUGGGCUCUGUCGCAGCUAGCGGUGUUGCUGCCACAGCUGGUGGUGUGGUUGGUGCAGGAGUUGGGGCAGGAGUUAGUGCAGGCGUUGGUGCAGGAGUAAGUAAAACGACUUCUGGGGGAGGGAGAUUCAAAUCUGUUGGGACUCAAACAAUUGUUUGAGGGGAUGAGAAGGUAAUGAUGACUUGAUGAUUAAGAUGAUGAUGAUGAUCAUAAUGAUGUUGA